CCCUUUCCUCCCUGUCAAACCUUCGUCCGCCGUUUUCUCUCUCCACUCUUUCGGCGGCCGUCAGCGCUCGCGCACCCCGCGGUUGCAGAAGCCCCCCUCCCUCGUGAGAGUUCGAGGGCCAAAGAGGAAGCAAGAACCCUAGCCCCGGGCGGCCCCAAGAUCGUUGAGCUAAGAUGGGAGUGGCAGGUCACAACGAUCCUUUGUUAGGUGAAACCACAUGUGGGUCUUUGCUGCAGAAAUUACAGCUGAUAUGGGACGAGGUUGGUGAGAGCGAUGAUGAUCGAGACAAGAUGUUACUUCAGCUAGAACAGGAGUGCCUAGAUGUUUACAGGAGAAAGGUUGAUCAGGCUUCUACUUCCAGGGCACGUCUCCUUCAACAACUUGCCAACUCCAAAUCCGAGCUUACUAGACUCCUUUCUUCAUUAGGAGAGCUGUCUAUUUCUGGUGUUAUAAUUCCCGACAAGACAACUGGUACAAUUAAGGAGCAACUAGCAGCAACAUCUCCAUUCUUAGAACAACUCUGCCAGAAAAAAGAGAAGAGGGUGAAAGAGUUUGCUGAUGUACAGCUCCAAAUUCAAACGAUACGUGGUGAAAUCGCAGGGAGUCUACAAGUUGGUGACCACCUGGAAAUGCCCCAUGUUGAUGAGGAUGAUCUUUCAAUGAAGAAAUUAAAUGAAUAUCUUUUUGAACUACAAGCACUACAGAAGGAAAAGAGUAAUAGGCUGCAGAAGAUUCUUGACUUUGUGAGUUCAGUGCACGAUCUUUGUUCUGUCCUUGGGAUGGAUUUCUUGAGCACUGUUACUGCAGUUCAUCCUAGCCUCAAUGACUCUGUUGGUGCUGAUUCCAAGAGUAUUAGUGAUGAAACAAUAUCCAGGCUGUCGAAAAUGGUGAUUGAACUUAAAGAAGAGAAAGUGAAGAGGCUUGAUAAGAUUCAAGCUCUAGCUUCCCAGCUAACUGAUCUUUGGAACCUGAUGGAUACCACUGUGGAAGAACGGCAACAUUUUGAUCAUGUCACAUGCCAUAUGUCCUCAACAUCGGAUAGAGUGACAGUCCCAGGAGCUUUGGCUCUUGAUGUAAUUGAGCAGGCUGAACUUGAAGUCGAAAGGCUGGAUCAGCUAAAAGCUAGCAGGAUGAAGGAUAUUGCAUUCAAAAGGCAGACUGAACUUGAAGAUAUAUAUGCUCGGGCUCAUAUUGCAGUAGAUACUAGUGCUGCAAGAGAUAGAAUACUGUCGGUUAUUGAUUCUAGCAUGUUCGAGCCUUCGGAACUGCUGGCUGAUAUGGAGAACCAGAUACUCAAAGCAAAAGAAGAGGCCUUUAGUAGAAAGGACAUACUGGAGAAGGUUGACAGGUGGAUGUUAGCAUGUGAAGAAGAGAGCUGGCUUGAAGACUAUAACCGGGAUGAUAACAGAUACAGCGCAACUAGAGGUGCACAUCUGAACCUCAAGCGUGCAGAAAAAGCUCGUGUUUUGGUUAAUAAAAUUCCAGGUAUUGUCGACACGCUGGUGACAAAGACCCAUGCUUGGGAAAAAGAGCACAGGACAACAUUCACCUAUGAUGGUAUAGCUCUUCUUGCAAUGCUGGAUGAAUACAGAAUCCUGAGACAGGAGAAGGAAGAAGAGAAGCGGAGAAUGAGGGACCAGAAGAAGAUAAACGACCAGCUAGCUGCUGAGCAGGAGAAGCUGUUCGGCUCAAAACCCAGCCCAGCCCGGCCCCAGUCUUCUACAAAGAAGGCGGCAGGCCCUCGGGCCAACGGCGCUGCCGUGAAUGGCACGCCGAACCGCAGGCUGUCGGCGCUGCAGAACAACCCCCGGUCUGCGAGCCGGGACGGGGGUAGGGACAAUGUCAGACCAGUAGCUCCGGUGAACUAUGUGGCCCUCGCCAAGGACGACGUAGCUUCGCAGGCGUCUUCAACUUAAUUCGUGGCCUCUGUUGGGAGAAAUGCGUCUUAAACUUGAUUCGUGGCCUCUGUUGGGAGAAAUAUAUCUGUGCAGUGCUGUAGUCGGGAACAAUUUUAUAUAGCUUAGAUAACCUAGGUGGAAUGAUGUAGAUUUGGUGGGAUUUGUGUUGAGCUACUCUAUGGAAAACCAAGAUUUUUACCACA